GUGUAAGAGCAUUUGAUUUUGAAGAACAGUAUCGAUAUCAUAUUUGACAGUGUUGCACGCAAAUCUUCUUUUCGGAUUCUUAAUAAAAUUAACAUUUUGUGAUAAAACAUUUUUUUAAAAUUUAUAAGAAAUGAGUUUUCGCGACGAUUUCUAUUCAAAGGAAGCAACGCUUAUAAAUCGGGCAAGACGAGAAUUGGCCAAUGGACUGGAAAAACAACCGAUCGACAAACUGAGAUUGAAGUGCUUCACUCGCGGAUCCGCUGGUAUCCUUAGUUUGUGCAGGUCCCUUCGAAAUAUGGAAAAUGGUGAAAGUAAAUCAGUCAAUUUUGAUGAUUUUAAAGCGGCAAUAAAACAAAGUGGAAUAGAUUGUACCGAUGACGAAGUAAAGGAUAUCUUCGCUUGUUUUGAUGGUGAUAAUUGUGGUCAUAUCAACACUAAGGAGUUUGUAUCAAAAUUAAGGCCUCCUAUGAUCCGUUCUCGUUUGGAUGUAAUUGAAAAGGCAUUUGCAAAGGCCGAUCACUCCGGCAACGGAGUCAUAACUGUAAACGAUUUGAAAAAUCUCUACAAUGUUAAGGACCAUCCCAAGUAUCUGAGUGGGGAAGUGACGGAAAAACAAAUACUUUCUGAAUUUCUUAGUAAUUUUGAUGGCAACACUGGCAACUUGAAUGCAAAAAUUCCCAAGGAAGAUUUCCUUAAUUACUAUGCAGGUGUCAGUGCUUCAAUUGAUAACGAUGCUUACUUUGACUUGGUCAUGCGUCGAGCCUAUAAACUUUAAUUUUUUUGACAAUGUUAAAAAUUGUUCGUUUCAUUUUUUGAAUUAUAUAAAAAAUAUGGCACAGCAAAUUUUUAAAAAUGCUAUUACACUUAAGAUAGACUCAAUUUGUUUGCAAUAAGUCAGAAAAAUAUUAAUAAAACAAAAUAAAAAUAAUAAUAAAUUCUUGAUCAA